ACAGCCCUCCCGAAGCCGCCUGCCCGGCCUCCCCACUCGGGCCGUGGACCUGGCCGGGCCCCUGGGCACGCCAUGCGCAGCACCACACUCCUGGCUCUGCUGGCGCUGGUCCUGCUCUACCUGGUGAUGGGGGCCCUGGCCUACCGGCCCUGGAGGAGCCCCUGGAGCAAGCAGGCCCAAAAGGAGCUGGGGGAGGUUCCGAGAGAAGUUCCUGCGGACCCCACCCAUGUGUGAGCGGACGGGGACCUGGGGCUCCUCAUCAAGGAGGUGGCUGAUGCCCUGGGAGGGGGUGCAAACCCUGACAUCAACGCAACCAGUCACAGCAACUACUCAGCCUGGGACCUGAGCGGCGCCUUCUUUUUCUCAGGCACCAUCAUCACCACCAUCGGCUAUGGCAAUGCCGCCCUGCGCUCAGAUGCCGGUCGCAUCUUCUCCAUCAUCUAUGCUCUGGUGGGGAUCCCACUGUUCGGGAUCCUGCUGGCAGGGGUCGGGGACCGGCUGGGCUGCCCCCUGCGCCACGGCAUUGGCCACAUUGAAGCCAUCUUCCUGAAGUGGCACGUGCCCAAGGAGCUGGUGCGAAUCUUAUCGGCGUUGCUCUUCCUGGUGAUCGGCUGCCUGCUCUUUGUCGUCACCCCCAUGUUCGUGUUCUGCUACAUGGAGGGCUGGAGCAAGCUCGAGGCCAUCUACUUCGUGGUGGUGACGCUCACCACGGUGGGGUUCGGGGACUAUGUGGCCGGCGCCAACCCCAACCAGACCCACGCAGCCUAUCAGCCGCUGGUGUGGUUCUGGAUCCUGCUCGGCCUGGCCUACUUCGCCUCGGUGCUCACCACCAUCGGGAACUGGCUGCGGGUAGUGUUCCGCCGCACGCGCGCAGAGAUGGGCGGCUUCACGGCACAGGCCGCCAGCUGGACCGGCACAGUGACGGCGCGGGUGACCCAGCGAGGCGGGUCCGUGGUGCCGCCGCCGCCGGAGAAGGAGCGGCCGCUCUCGCCUCCGCCGCCGUGCACUGCGCCCCGGGAGAAGACCUCCCCGCCCUCCCCAUCCUCCCCGCCCACGGCCUCCGCGCCCUCGGCCUCAGCGCUGGAUUACCCCAGCGAGAACCUGGCCUUCAUCGACGAGUCCUCGGACACGCAGAGCGAGCGCGGCUGCGUGGUGCCCCGCGCGCCCCGGGGUCGCCGCCGCGCCCAGCACCCCGCCAGGAAGCCCUCGCGGCCCCGCGGCCCCGGGCGCCUCCGGGACAAAGACGUGCCCGUGUAG